GAACCGGCGUCUGAGGAUGAGGGAGCUGCACAGAGGGUGCCUGAGGUCCUGACGUGGGGGACCCCAGGAAGAUGGGGCCCCAGGGUCCAGGAUUCCAGGAUAAUGUGGGUGCUAAUGAGGAGAGGGGGCACAUUGCACGGAGCGAUCGAGGCCGAUGGAGGGGGAAUCGGGAAACUGAUCCUGUACCCAAGCUGGCUUCUAGGAGCCGGGUGUAGAACAGCGAGGACAGUCACUUGGGAGCAGGAUCUUGGACUCUGGGCUGCCCAUUCUCUUCUUCCUUGUCAACUAAGAGCUGUAAAGAGAGGCCUAGCCCUUGGGAGAGGUUGAGACCUGCUUUCAGAGGGCAUUUAAGGUUCCUUUCCCGGAAGCCUGGGGGAUAAAAAUGCUGCUCUGCCACUGGGAGACAGAAGGAGCUCAUGCUUCUCUUUCUUCCGGACAUCUGUGGUGGGAUCCUCUGAGUCUGAAGGAGCCUGCCUAGAGGGGCCACUGUCUGGCUAACAAGGGUUUUGUUUGUUUGUUUGUUUGUUUACUUAGUAGAGUUUGCAGACACCUAAAUAUCUUGGGAGAAUUGAGGCUCCCGGGGCAGGGAGGGAUUGAGAGGGAAUACACCUGGAAACCUAAGAGAAAAAGAGAGGAAGAAAUAUAGUAUGAAGAUUUUUAGAGGGAAAGGAGAGGUGGCAUAAGUUCUCCUUUCCCUUUCCAGGAAGUCUUUCAGUAAAAUUCCCAUUUUUCUGGAAUGCUUUGACGUAGAGCUGCUUGGGUGUGUGUCUGAGUACUAAGCCCUGCCCCAGGGUGGACUCAGUGGAGAACAAAGGCUUUUGAAGAAGCCUAGCCACCGUAGGUCUGUAGCCUUUGCUGAGUCAACACUACUCACAGUGAAAGUGAUGCCUUUUCUCCAUUUGCACAACAUGAGUGUGGCGUGGUUAGCCAGACCAGGAGCUCAACCUCAUGUAGAGUCCAGUCCGCUGCUCUGAUGCCGAAGGGGAGGCAGAAAGUGCCACACUUGGAUGCCCCCCUGGGCCUGCCCAUCUGCCUCUGGCUGGAAUUAGCUGGGCUCUUCUUACUGGUUCCCUGGGUCAUGGGCCUGGCAGGGACAGGUGGGCCUGAUGGCCAGGGCCCAGGGGGGCCGAGCUGGGCUGUGCACCUGGAAAGCCUGAAAGGUGACGGGGAGGAAGAGACUCUGGAGCAGCAGGCGGAUGCCUUGGCCCAGGCAGCAGGGCUGGUGAAUGCUGGACGCAUCGGAGAGCUUCAAGGGCACUAUCUCUUUGUCCAGCCUGCUGGGCACAGGCCGGCCCUGGAGGUGGAGGCCAUCCGGCAGCAGGUGGAGGCUGUGUUGGCUGGGCAUGAAGCUGUGCGCUGGCACUCAGAGCAGAGGCUGCUAAGGCGGGCCAAACGCAGCGUCCACUUCAAUGACCCCAAGUACCCACAGCAGUGGCACCUGAAUAACCGACGGAGCCCGGGCAGGGACAUCAACGUGACGGGUGUGUGGGAGCGCAAUGUGACUGGGCGAGGGGUGACAGUGGUGGUAGUGGAUGAUGGAGUGGAACACACCAUCCAGGAUAUUGCACCCAACUAUAGCCCUGAGGGUAGCUAUGACCUCAACUCUAAUGACCCUGACCCCAUGCCCCACCCGGACGUGGAGAAUGGCAACCACCAUGGCACGCGAUGUGCAGGAGAGAUCGCAGCUGUGCCCAACAACAGCUUCUGUGCCGUGGGCGUGGCCUAUGGGAGCCGCAUCGCAGGUAUCCGGGUACUGGAUGGACCUCUCACAGACAGCAUGGAGGCAGUGGCGUUCAACAAGCACUAUCAGAUCAAUGACAUCUACAGCUGCAGCUGGGGACCAGAUGAUGAUGGGAAGACAGUGGAUGGCCCCCAUCAGCUUGGAAAGGCUGCCCUACAACACGGAGUGAUUGCUGGUCGCCAGGGCUUUGGGAGUAUCUUUGUGGUAGCCAGUGGCAACGGAGGCCAACACAACGACAACUGCAACUACGAUGGCUACGCCAACUCCAUCUACACGGUCACCAUAGGAGCUGUGGAUGAGGAGGGACACAUGCCUUUCUAUGCAGAAGAAUGUGCCUCCAUGCUGGCAGUCACCUUCAGUGGUGGGGACAAGAUGCUUCGGAGCAUUGUGACCACUGACUGGGACCUUCAGAAGGGCACUGGCUGCACUGAGGGCCACACGGGGACCUCAGCUGCAGCGCCUCUGGCAGCUGGCAUGAUAGCCUUAAUGCUGCAGGUGCGGCCCUGCCUCACGUGGCGUGACGUCCAGCACAUCAUUGUCUUCACCGCCACCCGGUACGAGGAUCGCCGUGCGGAGUGGGUCACCAACGAGGCAGGCUUCAGCCAUAGCCACCAGCACGGUUUCGGCCUGCUCAAUGCUUGGAGGCUCGUGAAUGCAGCCAAGAUCUGGACAUCUGUCCCUUACUUAGCAUCCUACGUCAGUCCCAUGUUAAAAGAAAACAAGGCGAUUCCGCAGUCCCCCCGUUCCCUGGAGGUUCUGUGGAAUGUCAGCAGGAUGGACCUGGAGAUGUCCGGGCUGAAGACCUUGGAGCAUGUGGCAGUGACAGUCUCCAUUACUCACCCCCGGCGCGGCAGCUUGGAACUGAAGUUGUUCUGCCCCAGCGGCAUGAUGUCCCUCAUCGGCGCCCCCCGCAGCAUGGACUCGGAUCCCAACGGCUUCAACGACUGGACCUUCUCCACUGUGCGAUGCUGGGGGGAGAGAGCCCGAGGGACCUACAGGCUUGUCGUCAGGGAUGUCGGGGAUGAGUCAUUCCAGGUCGGCAUCCUCCGGCAAUGGCAGCUGACCCUAUAUGGCUCUGUGUGGAGUCCAGUAGACAUCAGGGACAGACAAAGGCUGCUAGAGAGUGCCAUGAGUGGAAAAUACCUGCACGAUGACUUCACCCUGCCCUGCCCACCGGGGCUGAAAAUUCCUGAGGAAGAUGGUUACACCAUCACCCCCAACACCCUCAAGACCCUGGUGCUGGUAGGCUGUUUCACCGUCUUCUGGACCGUUUACUACAUGCUGGAAGUAUAUUUGAGCCAGAGGAAUGUGGCUUCCAACCAAGUUUGUAGGAGUGGACCCUGCCACUGGCCCCAUCGGAGCCGGAAAGCCAAGGAGGAAGGGACAGAGCUAGAAUCAGUGCCACUUUGCAGCAGCAAGGAUCCAGACGAAGUGGAAACAGAGAGCAGGGGCCCUCCCACCACCUCUGACCUCCUUGUCCCAGACCUGCUGGAGCAAGGGGACUGGAGCCUGUCUCAGAACAAGAGCACCCUGGACUGCCCUCAUCAGCACCUAGACGACCUACUGCACGGGAAGGAGGAGCAGAUCUGCUGACCUCAGGGCCUGACAGUGUGGGACAGGCUCUUCUUUCCCAAAAUUAGAGAGCUCU